GCUAAAGCCCUAAAGGGGGCGGAGCGGCCAUGGAGAUGGUGCGUAAUGCCGUCCGCUCCGUGCGAAGCAUCCACUACCGGCAGCUCGCGACGCAGAUCAUCAGCUUGGGGAUGAUCGUCACUUCUGCGCUGAUAAUCUGGAAGGGAUUGAUGUGCGUGACUGGGAGCGAGUCGCCGGUUGUGGUGGUUUUGUCCGGCAGUAUGGAGCCUGGCUUCCAACGGGGUGACAUUCUCUUCCUGAGGAUGACCAAGGAUCCCAUCCGAGCGGGAGAAAUCGUGGUGUUCAACGUCGAUGGUCGAGACAUACCGAUCGUCCAUCGCGUGAUCAAAGUCCACGAACGCCAGGAAACUGGAGAAGUCGAGGUUCUCACGAAAGGCGACAACAAUUACGGUGAUGAUAGACUCUUGUAUGCGCAAGGCCAGCUCUGGUUGCAAAGGCAUCACAUAAUGGGCAGGGCUGUGGGGUUUCUCCCUUACGUUGGCUGGGUCACAAUUAUCAUGACCGAGAAGCCAGUGAUCAAGUACAUUCUGAUUGGAGUGUUGGGGCUACUGGUUUUGACAUCCAAAGAGUGAUAAAAAAAUCUAACUGUUGGAAGAGAACAUUUGCAUUUUGGAACAAUUGACAAUGGUUUAUCCUUUGUGAUGA